AUGUCUGGCGCAGGUGCAGGCGCCGCGGUCGCCAAGGAGAAGAAGUGGGCCAAGUUCAAGCCUGGCAGGCUCGGCCAAGAGGAGACCACCCCUCUGGAUGACAAGUGCCAGGAAUGCGAUACGCUGCACAACGCAGCAUGGACGCACUUGACCUGGGAGGAGCUGUGUGACCAGAAUGCGCACGACUCAGCGAUGGCAUCAGAAGUGGCCAACUCUCGGGCCGUCAUGAACAAACAGAAGGCCGCCCCGUCCGCGAAGAUCGAGCUGUCCUCCGAGACGGGUGCCUCCGCAACUUUGACCCGCCAGUACAUCGUUGCCAACGAGUCUGAGAUCAGGCAGGCCGCGAACUCGCAGGGCGUGCAGCGCCGCACGAUCCCGAAGCAGGCUCUGGACGGCAUCCCGAAGAUAGAGGUCCCAUCCGAGGAGGACCCUUCGCGUGAUGAGACCUUGUACUGCUUCGAGAACCCUGACGCGCCGUUCAGAGUUUUAGGCGUCAGCGUGCACUUCGGCACCAAGAGGGAGGCCACCAAGCUGGACAAGAGCAACUUCCUCAGGGACGGCCAGGACGCGCAGUACACGAGAUUCUUCCACAAGAAGGACUUCAAGGAGAGGGGCAUCGAGAACCUUCUGAAGAAGGACAAGAGCAUGCACCUCAAGACCAUGUCGCACUUCAUCCGCGCGAGGCUCGGUGGUGCCAGGGACGGCGAGGAUGGCAAGGACGGCGGCGAGAAACCCAACGCUUGUCCAGAUCAUGAUGGGAUUGAUGGUGAAGAGCUGACGGACGAUGGCACAUCUCAGCAUCCCAUGCUGAAUAGGCUGAAGAGCUCCGAUUGCCUGGGUCGCCUACCUCGUGCCAGCAGGGGUUCCAGCAGCGCUGACUUUUUGCCCGACGCGCCCUCGCGCGCCGACGGUGCGGACAGCCAGAGCGUCGGGAGCGACUCGGGUGACGACAAGAAGAGCAAGGCCAGCACCGUGGCGACGGCCGUGACCCGCAUGACCAAGAGGAUGGCCGCGGGAGCGUCAGCCUCUCCGCAGCAAGGCGGCCUCGAGAAGUGGAAAGCGAAGAUCUCGCUGACCGCAGUCAUGGACGGGAUGCAGGAUGGCAGAUCCAUUGCAGGUGCGAAGAAGGCCUUGUCAAGACUCAAGCAGGGAGAUGACGCCGCCAACAACUUGGACGCUCAGCUCCUCUCCAACUUCCUCAAGCAGGUCGCCGCCUCCGAGAACUUGCAAGCGGCCAACAUCCCAGGCAUCCUGGAGGAGGAACUGGCCGCCAACCUCGCCAUCAUCGAGAAGGACAAGGCGGAAAUCCCCGCGUCUGUCAAGCACGCGCUCCUGACCCGUCGGAUCCAGAAGCUCUUGGGCCAGCGCUCUUACAACGAGCUCAUCGACGUGUGCAGCCCAUGGAACAUCAGCGAUGGAGCUGCGGUGUUCAACCCUCUGGCGCCCACGAUGUCGAGUGCUGGCGAUAAGCUCAUCGACAGGAUCAAGAUCUUCAACAACGUCAUCUUCGAGCGCACCAUCCUCCCUCUUUUGGGCGAGGGCCAGCCCAAGGCAGACGUCAUCGGUCGGCUGGUCUCAUUGUGCAUCGAGCAUUUCGAGAAGGUUGAUACGCUCGAGAUGGGGAACGAUGAGGUGGCAGCGUUGACCGACUGGAUGACUUGCUGGGGCUGCAUCGAGGCGCUGUUGUCUACCGGCCUGUGCCAGCACCGCAAGAUCGGCAGCACCUCGAGUUCGGUGGUCACGUUGGUUGCGUCCUCGCUGUCAGCGCAGACGUUCUGGGAUGCGAGGCUCCAGGCGUUCGUUUCGCACCAGCCGAAGGCGAGUGAGCUCGCGCAGAUGUACACGGAUACCGCGGGCAGGAUCAAGGCCUUGACUGAUGAUGCUGCGACGGUAGUGCCUGAGCUGCUGGAGCUCACGGAGAGGGUAAUCACGAUGAAGGGUGCCCUCCGCCCUGGUGUGACUGAUGCUAUGCAGGCCAUGCUGAAGACGAGCUACCAGGCCGUCUGGAAGAAGAUCAACAGCGGCGGCGUUGCAGAUGCCACCAUCGGCGGGGUGUUGCAAGCGUGGCAGAAGGGCGUCACGGAGUUGCAGAUAUUGUACCCGAUGGACCCUGAGGUUCACGCCAUGCACCAGGAGAGCGGCCAGAAGUUGCAGGCGAUGCAGGCCGAGAGCAAGGCCACUGACAUUCUCGACAAGAUGUCUUCGUUGUUCCCCGCGCUCGGGAAGGAUGUGGGCGCGCAGGACUGGCUCGACAAAAUCAACGUGGAUGAAGCCCGCCAGGUUUGCGCCGCCCUGGGCGAGUCCAGCUCGAACGUUGCGCACUCGCCCGUCAUCGGCAAGCUGAGGCUGGCUGUCCGUGACCUGUUUUCGUGCAUCGCGCCCAUUCUCGUGACGCUGAUUGCCGACGACAUCAACCUUCGCUACGAGGACCGCGUGACGUUGGCGGACGAGCUGGCGCAGCUCUGCGGGGAUCCGUGGUACACAUCGCGGGCGGAGUUGUUGAACAAGCUUCUGGCGCUCUGCCGCCAGUACUACGAGAUGACCAAGGAGACCUCGAAUGCCGACGCGAUCUCCCAGACGGAGGGCGCACUGGGGGCGACCGUGGAGCUCGACAGGAGCCUCAAACAGGUGACGGGCAUCAGCUCGAAGAUCGAGGUUGAGGACUUGCCGACGGAGGUGUCGCACAUCACAGGGGUAGCAGAGAACUUGAAGAAUAAGCUGUACGAGAAGUUCCUGGGCGACAGCUUGGGGCGCCUGAUCUCGAAGACGACGGAGCUGCGCGACCUGGUCUCCGUGGAGAAUGGCGGCGUGAACUGGCUCGACGCGUUCACGGGCACCAGCUUCCAGGACGUCAUCGAGCACGCCAGGACCACGCUCAUGACGAUCGACCCGAGGGCGGUGGUCAAGCAGUUGGCGGGCAUCAAGGAGGCCAAGCAGAAGUACACGUACUGCGCGACGCUCGCUGGCGUUGCACCCAACGGCGACGCGGUGGCAGCAGCGGCUUCGCAACAGGAGGCCGCAGAGAAGGUUCGGUUCCAGGCGGUGCUCAUGCACCACUUCAGCACGAUCGCAGGCGCAGCGGAGCUGCGGCUCCAGAUCCAGGCAGAGAUCAAGGCCGAGAAGGCCGUGGCGACUAACUACAACGCGUUGCUCCCGAGGGAGCCGCCGCGACCGCUCGUGACGAAGAAGGGCUGUUGCAUGCCCCGUGUGCGCCGCCGGCCGGCGGCCGCCGGGGGCGCCUGAGGCGCAUCGACGAUCUGAGGCUUCAUGCCACAAUUGAGGACUCGGGCGUGCUAGCGCUCUGCCAUUCAGACACCUGUAAUUCGGCUUGCGAGGGGUCACGCGCUCCGUCACGUGGAGGCUCCUUCGCAGCAAGAAUUAAGUUUUUGCCAAGGUGACUUGGCGUUCAGCGGCGCAGCAAAGACUACAAGUCCUAGGAAAAACACCAGCAGAUACGGAAGCGGGUUCCGACGUAAUGCGGCGCAUGUCAAGCAUGACUCAGGAACCAGGAGGCGCGGAGUUGUGGGUAACAUGAA